UUUGGAGAAUGAAGAACGUUUCCUUUAAAUUUGUGUUCUUGGUUGCUCUUCUUUCUCUUGUCUUUCGACAAGAUCUUGUGGAGGGUAGGACAUUGGUUCCAAAUAGAGGCGGCGGGAAUUAUCACGACCCGAUUUGUAAUCCGUAUGAUCCAAAUUGCAACAAACCUUGUAAUCCAGAGAAUCCAAAUUGCGCCAUGAAACAAGGUGACAUGGAUACAAAUAGAGCCGACGGGAACUAUCACGACCCGCCUUGUGACCCGUAUUAUGAUCCAAAUUGCGUCAAACCCUGUAAUCCAGAGAACCCAAAUUGUUAAUAGAACUAAGGCAUUGGAUAAGGUCUAAUAGGAUAU